AUGGAAUCAUCAGUAGGGAAGGUCGUCUAUCGUUGUAUUAUCAUGGCUAUCUCUGACUUUUACGCAGCCAAUCCUCACUACAGAACAAGGAUCGUUUUCAAGACCAGGGAUACCAAAGGAGAACCACUUCGUGCCUUGUCUGCUGCUCUAGAUCUUUUGGAAAACACUGAAUUGCAAGCGAUAAUUGGUCCAGAAUCAAUCGAAGCAAGAUUCUUGGAUGUUUUAGAACACAAGGCUAACAUGCCAGCUCUUUCAUUUUCAACUAGUCCUUUUUCAAAUCAUAGCCCUUAUCUUCUUCAAAUCGCACAAGAUGAAACUACUCAGUUCAACGGCAUUGCUUCGAUGCUGGAAUCUUAUAAAACCACGAAUGUGAUCUUGAUAGUUGUAGACACUGCAAAUGGGAGAGAAAUGGCUACAUAUAUGGUUAGUGCGUUUCAAAAGAAAUAUAUAUACGUUACUUAUACUAUCCUAAUGUCAACCUCUGCCAGCAAUGAACAAGUCAGGGAAGAGCUUCGUAAGCUUCAAACUAUUCAAACCAUGGUGUUUAUCGUGCAUUUGCCGCCUUCUCUUGCGGCUUAUCUCUUCUUAAGGGCAAAAGAGCUGGGCAUGAUGAGUGAAGGAUACAUGUGGAUCCUAACAAGUAAGACUACCAACUUGUUGGAUUCCAUGGAUUCCGAAGCAAUCAAAUCAAUGCAAGGAGUUGUGGGUUUCAAAUCGUAUUUUCCAGCAUCAAGGGAGCUUCACAACUUAGUUUCGAAAUUGAGAAAGGAACAUUAUACUUUGAACCCUUAUAUCGAGUUCAAAGAGCUUGAUUAUAAUGGUAUAUGGGCAUAUGAUGCAGUUUAUGCACUAGCCAUGGCUGUUGAGAGGGAACAAACUUCAGAAUUAGCUUCAAAAGACAACUCGAAUGCUAUUAAUGGCGUAUCACUUCUAAAUCAUAUGUUAAGCAUUACUUUCCAUGGUUUAGGUGGUGAGUUCAAGCUUGUGAAUGGGAGAAGCAUCUCCAAAGCCAUGGAAGUUGUAAAUGUUAUCGGUAAAGGUGAUAGGAGACUCGGGUUCUUGAUGACUACUGGUGAGUUUGUUAAAGAAAUAGAGAAACCAAAUUCCUAUUCCAAUCAUGGCCUGGAAAGUAUCAUGUGGCCAGGAGGGACUACAAUCCUACCAAAGCGUAGGUCGCUACAAACUAAUGGCAAGAAGCUGAGAAUUAUGUUUCCAAGUUCGAGUAGAUUCCCGAAUUUAGCAAAACUGAAUGUUGAUCCAAGAACAAAUCUAUCGUCUGUCAGCGGCUUCUCUGGGGAUGUUUUCACUGCAGCUUUUAACGCCUUAGGCUAUGGAGUAGAGGUUGAUGUUACUCCAUUCAAUCAUAGGGAUAUAACUUACAGUGCUGUAAUCGACAAAAUCAUGCGUAAGGAAUAUGAUGCUGCGGUUGGUGAUUUCACAAUCACAGCAAAUAGAUCUAUCUAUGUCGACUUCACAUUGCCCUUCUCUGAUCUGGGAACAGCCACAGUAGCCCGAAACGCCAAGAAGAGCAUGUGGAUCUUCUUAGAUCCUUUUAGUAAUGGUCUUUGGAUCACAAGUGCUUGUUUCUUUCUCUUUUUGGGGUUUGUCAUUUGGUUUAUCGAACAUCCUACAAAUGAAGAAUUUCAAGGUUCACGAAGACAGCAACUAGGAACAUCCCUUUGGUUUGCCUUUUCCACCCUUGUUUAUGCUCACAGGGAGAAGCUGCAAAAUAAUCUAUCAAGAUUUGUGUUUAUUGUUUGGGUUCUCGUAGUGCUUGUGCUCACGUCAAGUUACACUGCAACGUUGAGUUCAGUUUUAACGUUACAACAAAUUGGAAUGAAGGAUAUCUCUACUGGACUCGAAGGUCUUUCGCCCCUAGGGGGAGUUGCCUUUGACAAACAGAAAGUUUUCAAUGCCAAUUUGUCGAAAAUAUAUACAGCCAAGGAUUACGCUAGAGUGUUAACAAGUGGAGGCGUAGAUGUAGUCGUUGCUGAGAUCCCCUAUAUCAAAUCAAACCUUGCAUUGUAUUCGGCUGCUGACUUCUCCUUGAUCAAAACAGCAUCAACCACCAACGGUUUUGGCUUUGUGAGUGUUCUUUAUUAUAGUAUAACUCUAUACGUAUAUAUAGCGUUGGUUCAACAUAGAACCAAAUAA